AUGUGUCCUCGACCCUUUCAGACCAUCCGCAGUUCCAUCUUGUCAGCCGUCUCCACCAUCUCGGCAUCUCGGCAUCUCCCGAUUGCUGCUUGUGAUCACAGUGAUCACGCAGGGCCAUCGCCAUUGGUUGGUACGCACGACACAGUACAUCGUUUCGGACCCAGUUCGGGACCGCCGCCACGAGCCGCCUUGAUUUUGGAACUCAGACGAGCAAUUCGAAUCAGUUUGACAUACCGCCCGCAGCGCCCCUCGCAGCUCGAUUCUGCGCGCUUCGACCCAAGCCACAUCACUUCCAUCAUCUCCUGCGCUCCUGGAACUCAUCGCAUCGACGUCCGAGCUGUACUACGUCGGCAGCGCAUCGGCUCAGGCGACGUAAACAAGUACAAGGCCAAGGCCUCGCGUCGGUACAACUCGCAAAAAGGAGAGGCCAAUGACGCCGAAGCAGGCUCGUCCAAGCCGGGAUACCGCCAGAGAUUUGCCAACAAGUAUCGCCGCUCUGCCAGUGCUGGCGGCGGUCCAUCAGAAGAAGACUCUGCGAGUGGCAGCGGCGAAGACGAUGAAGACCACAGCAGCGACGACGAGAAAGACGACAAGGACAAGGACUUCCCCAGCCUAGCUGAUGCCGCUUCGGGCAGCCAGACAAAUACAGCCUCGGAGGAUGACCCAUCAAAUCCCACACGCGGAAAGUACGCUCGGCGCAGGCUGGGCGAGAGCAAACUCGCGAGGCUGGAGAGGCUCGAAGCGGCCAAGGAUCCACGCCUGCCCGACGACGAGGAGCCAGAGCCGGAGGUGGACAUCUCGAACCUAGUCGCGCGCGUGGCAGCAAUGGGCGACUCGGCAAGCACACAGGCCGGCCUUGCCGAGCAGAUCGCCCGCAGCCGCGCCCAGAACGAGACUGCCUCGGACGUCGAGAACGACAUUGACCACAGCCUGGCGUACCUGCACGAGCGCGAACGGCAGCGUCAGAAGGCCAAGGGCCGGGGCGGCACUGGUGGGGACGAGGCCAGCAAGCAUGCUGCAGAGGCGCUGGGAGCUGAAGCGGAUGGCGAGCCUGUCGACCUCGAAGCGCUCCGCAAGGAAAAGGAGAAGGCCGACGCCGUGCGCGUCCUCAAGGCUCGCUUCCAGGGGCAUGGCGUGGGCGAGAAACGACGACCAGAUGCGAAAUCUCGGGUGGCGCCUUCGAUACAGAUCGGUCCGCACGCCGUCCCCCAGUCAUCCAACGACAGCGACGUGGCCGCUGCGGCUACGGCUAGCACACUCUCGCCCGGCUUGACUGCCGAGAUUGAGUCGGCGCUCGCCAAGACCACCAGCGGCGAGACGGCUUCUGUCGGCUCGGGGCGCUCGAGCUUCAGCACGACUUUCGGCCGGCGCCGAUCACCACUCGUCGGAGUUGCCGGUACAGAGCGGGAGCGUGGCUCGGCCCAACGCACUGAACGCAUCGACAGCUUCCUGGCUAGCAUCAACGAUCGCAGCGUCCACGGCGGUCGCGAUCCAUCCGUCUUUUCGCUCAGCCCGCAAGGCGGCUACACUGCCGCAUCUAGAUCUGCAUCCUAUCGCGACCAAAAGAGCACGACGCCUUACUCGUCGCACGGCGAACUGGGUCGCCUCGAGAGCUUUCUCGACGACAUGCUUGGCUGA